AGAUGAUGAGAAUGUAGCACAAUGGCUAAAGACGUGCUGGGGUGUGUAUCGAAAUCCACAAUGUUAUCUUCAUAUUAUCCAUCUUACAGUAAAUCGUAAUGUUGUAAUCUUGUGUCUGAAGUGAGUGCAUCCAUCUGUUGGUACAAUGUUCAAGCCUCGCAACUUAUUUGGGGGAUUUAUGAAGCCCAAAAAUCCCCACUCUCUGGAUCAUCUCAAAUAUCUGUACUCUGUGCUCUCGAAGAACCAGACCGUUACCGAUGGCAAUCGAAGUCUUCUCGUUGAGACACUCCGCUCCAUCGCCGAAAUAUUAAUUUGGGGUGAUCAAAAUGACAGCUCCGUGUUCGACUUCUUUUUGGAGAGGAAUAUGUUGUCGUUCUUCCUGAAGAUAAUGAACCAAAAAUGCGGAAGCUACGUGUGCGUUCAACUCCUCCAGACUUUGAACAUCUUGUUCGAAAAUAUCCGCAAUGAGACUUCCAUUUAUUACCUACUCUCGAAUAACCACGUGAAUGCUAUCAUCGUUCACAAGUUUGACUUCUCGGAUGAAGAAGUUAUGGCUUAUUACAUUUCAUUCUUGAAGACCCUGUCCUUCAGAUUGAAUAAGCACACCAUCCAUUUCUUCUACAAUGAGCACACCAACGAUUUCCCCCUCUACACCGAGGCCAUCAAAUUCUUCAACCAUAGCGAGAGCAUGGUGCGCAUCGCGGUUCGAACCCUGACCCUCAAUGUGUACAGGACGGAAGAGGAGUCCAUGUUGAAGUUCGUCAUUGACAAGACGGCUGUGCCAUAUUUCUCCAACUUGGUCUGGUUCAUUGGGAACCACAUCCUGGACAUGGAUGCCUGUGUACGGGAAGACACCGAUCACCGAAGUCUGGGACGUUUGAAGGAUCUCGCAGCCGAACAUUUGGACCACCUUCACUACUUGAAUGAUAUCCUCUGUCUUCACAUCGAGCCCUUAAAUGCGGUUCUCACCGAUCAUUUGUUGAAGAGGUUGCUGAUACCCCUAUAUAUCUUUUCCUUGGGACGAAGAUCCCAGAAAGACGGGAACAAGAAGUCUGAGGAUAUGAAGCCUCAUGUGAGUCGAAUCUCGGCUCUGUUCCUCCUUUGUCAGAUAUUCCUGAUUGUCACCCACAAGCCAUUGGUUCGGGUCUUGGCCUGGAUCAUAUUUUGUGGCAAUACCGAUAUUUUCACCGAGAAAGGCGCUGCCAAGGUCUCCUUGUAUUCACAAGGAAAGAGUGUCCUGAUGAAACCCAGGUUCGCAGCGCCUCACGUAACUCUAGAAAAAUCGCUCAAGGAAGAGAUAGAACGAGAGGAAGCCGAUGAUGACGAAUCCGCCACCAGUGGUUCAUUAUAUGAAGAUAGUCUCGGUCUACCCGAUCUGCCGGUUCCCACCAUGACUUGGCAGGAGAAUCCCCACAAUCUGUCCAUCACCGACGAGGAGAAGGAGAAACGCCUGCAAGAAAGCGGCCAAAUUGGGGGAUCUGCGGGCGAAAAUGUAUCGGAAGGGCCAGAGAUUGCCGAUGGCCAGACGGGCGGAGACACGAGACAAGAUUUCUCUUUGGAGAAUCGCCCAUUUCUGGAGGGCAUUUUCCAAGUCAUGUCUUGCGAGGAGAACGAUUAUAUGGCUCUGUUCGGAUUGUGUCUUCUUUAUGCCAUUCAACAAAAUGCGGGUAUUGGUAGCGAAUUAUUGGAAGGCGUCUUCAUUCCCAGUCCCCAAGGGGAAUCCAAAGGAUUUUACAAUGUGAAACUGAUGGAAAAACUGCUCCACAUCUUGCUCGCCUCGUGCCAAUAUGGGAGCAAGAUUCGUUUGAUUACGUUGGAAAUCGCCACCAUGCUGAUCAAAUCUUUGGUGAUCAAUCCCGAGGGCCGAAGUUUCUUGAGCGAUACUCAUUUUGCACAAAUUGAAGGGAUUCGUGAAGAGAGUACGCUGUUGUUGAGAAAUUACUACAAGAGUGAGGAAAUCUUUUUGGACAUGUUCGAGGAUGAAUAUCGAGCUGUCAUCCAGCCACCCACUCGGAUUGAUUAUGUCAUGUCGGAUGCUUGCUUGCUUCUCCCGCCCACGGGUACGCCCCUCUCCGGGAUUGAUUUCACCAAACGCUUGCCAUGUGGUGAAGUGGAGCGCGCUCGCCGAUCCAUCCGGACGUUUUUCUUCCUCAGAAGACUUUCUUUGCAAGUGCAAGGAUUGAGGGAGGACAAAUUGCCACUCUCGAAUACGGACAGCUUGAUCCAAGUUCAAGAUGUCCUUGAUCUCAACAAUUCUGAUUUGGUUGCUGUGAACGUUACAAAUCGCGAUAACACCAAGCAACGCCGAUAUCUCGUAGUGGAUGUCUAUCAGAUCAUUCUGGUUGAACCCGACUUUUCGCGUUUGGGAUGGGGUGUGGCCACAUUUGCAGGAUUCCUGCAGGAUUUGGAUGUGCUUACCGAUAAGGACGACUCGAGAUGUCUUCAUGUCACGGUCCAUCGUCCCGGAGGAUCUGGGAUCUCGGCAGGAUCUCGUUUACCCCUGCUCUCCGCCUCAUUUACGUUUGAUGAUCACAUCCGGUGCAUGGCCGCCAGACAAAGGCUCACCAAAGGCCGCACCAAGGCUCGACAAAGAAAGAUGCAUCAGAUUGCCCAAUUGUUGGAAUUGCCUGGCAACGUCGGCCCAAGCUGCCCUUCUCCACCCUCGCUUAAUCUUCAUUCCUUGAGAAAAGAGGCGGCGGCACAGCGUCGAGGUCGAUCCAGUUCUGGAGUGAGCAGUGGUCAUUCAUCACCUCGAAAUGGUCCUGGAACUGGAACAACCUCCUCGCCUGCCUACCGACCUUUAUUUUCGAUGGCGGGUAAGGUUCCCGGAGCGGCCGCGCUCUUGCGAGAACAAUCCUUGAGCACUGCCGAACGACAGAACAUUGAUCCUCAAGCUUUGAACCGCUCGACGACGGCCACGGCCACUACCGCGGCGGUGGGCGCUUCAGGCGUUAAUGAACCCUCAAGGACUCGAAGUUCAAGCCGGCCGCGAAAAAGUUCCUCCCGAGAAGGGCCUGGCCUCGGGCCUGGCCUCGGGGCCGUUCCAAGAGAGACCUCCCGCCGGUCCCAUCCCAGUCGUCGGAGUAGCUCGUCAGCCACAUCCUGUCGGGAAUCAAAUUGCCACCACGAAAAGGAGUCUGUGGCAUUAACGGAAUAUCGAACAUCCACCACCAAUCGUGGAAAUGCACCCACUCAAGCAUCCUCUCCACGCGGCGACGGAAGCCCCCAUUCGACGUUGUUGUCCACGCCCAAAAAGCCAAUCUCAGGACAAGAGCACACCAAUUUGUAAACGAAAAGUCUGCUGACAGGGGCCAUAGCCCAAUUUUGAAAGAGUGAGACAGUGACCAAUGCAAUAUCUUAAUAUAUUCGUUUCUUUAUCGGUAAGCUACGUAUAUUUUGGAAAUAGAUCAAUCAAAUGCAAAUGAGAA